CCACGAUAUGCAUCAAGAUAUUGUGAUCAGAGACCUGUCUGAUGUAUAUGUGAAAACAUAUUUGCAUGAAUAUGUGAGGCCUCCUAAAAAUCACUUGUGUGAUAAAUGAAUGAAUGUGAUCAUCUUCCGAUGCAAGGUACUCAUAAACUCAAGGUCUUUUAAGUUGAUCCGGACUCUUCACCAUGGAGAUCAACCAGGACGGAAAAGAGGGUUCCCUCAUUUUAUUGAAGCAGGGGGCAGAAGCUAGAGUGUUUGAGUCAACAUUUGUGGGAAAGAGGUCCAUUGUUAAGGAACGUUUCUCAAAGAAAUACAGGCAUCCAUCUUUGGACGUGAAACUGACCCUUAAACGCUUGAACGCUGAAGCUCGUUGCGUGACAAAAGCAAGAUGGCUUGGUGUUUCCACUCCAGUAUUGUAUGCUUCGGAUCCCGUGCUGCAUACCUUAACAUUUGAAUAUGUGGAGGGCCCGGCUAUCAAAGAAAUUUUUCUAGAUUUUGGGUUGAAUGGUAUUAACAUAGAACUAAAUAAUCGCAUAGCAACGCAGAUAGGUAAUGCAAUUGCAAAAUUACAUGAUGGUGGUCUGAUUCAUGGGGAUUUGACAACAUCAAAUAUGUUGCUCCAAAAUGGUUCCAACCACCUGGUUCUGAUAGACUUUGGUUUGAGCUUUAUGUCAACCCUCCCUGAAGAUAAAGCCGUUGACUUGUAUGUACUCGAGAGAGCAUUACUCUCAAUGCAUUCUUCUUGUGGGAAUGUGAUGAAUCAGAUACUGGCUGCAUACAGGAAAUCAUCAAAGCAAUGGUCUUCCACAUUGAACAAGCUGGCUCAAGUACGACAAAGAGGUCGCAAGCGUGCCAUGAUUGGAUGAACCAUCUUCUACGGAAUCACCUGUCCCAUUUAGUAAUCUGCAAACGGAGAGAGAACCCCUCAUUAGACUAAUUGAAUUUACAGUGUAUAACAAUGAACUUGCCCAAAGCAGAUAUGUUGUGCGCAUUGUAUCAAACUUUUCUUUGUUAUCUUAGUAGUUCUUUAUCAUUCAUUAUGGAGCCAAUUCUGGUGUGGUUCCCAGACUACUGCAAUUUCAACUAAAACUUGACCACAAGUGAUUCAACUGUGAUCCCCUGAAUUUGGGGCUUCCAUC